AAAUAGAAAAGUCUUAGUCUGAGACUGUUGUUGUAGGUUGAACUGGAAUUUGUCUCCUGCCCAUCAAAAUGGCUUAAUCUAUUUACAUUUUGAAAAUUUUCAGCCUCAAGUAAGAGAACAAAAAGACGUUGGGAAUUUCAUUCUAAGCUUGAAUCGCUUCUGAAUUCGUUUCCCUCUCUACUGAGUAGUGAGUACUACUAACCAACGAAACUAUUGCUGCUUCAUAAGCAUUCAACGAAUUUCGUGAGUAUUUUUCCGGAACUCAGUCAGAAAAUCUCUCUCUCUCCUUGCUCGGUUCCAUUUCCAUUAGUUUAUGAGACUUGCAUUGCAAAGAUGCAGCACAUUGACAAACAUAAAGCAAAUCCAAGCCCAUCUCUACAGAACCCAUCUCCAUAAAGAGAGCUAUUACCUCCACUUUCUCUUGAAAUCAUGUUCAGAAUUAGGCCAAAUCGACUACGGUCGAUCAAUUUUUGACCAAACUCCAAAACCCGACAUUUUUCUCUGGAAUUCAAUGAUCAGAGGCUAUGUCUGCCACAAUUUCAAUAAUGAAGCCCUUGAAUUGUACAUUCUCAUGCAAAUUUCGGGCAUAACACCCAACAAAUUCACGUUCCCUUUUGCUCUCAAGGCUUGUGGAACCGUUUCAGUACUUAGAUUAGGCGUAAGGAUCCAUACCCAUAUAAUCAAACUUGGCUUUGAAUGUGAUGUCUACGUUCAAACUAGCUUGCUGAGCAUGUAUGCCAAAUUGGGUUUUGUUGAUUUAGCAAGAAAAGUGUUCGAUGAGAUGCCUGAAAGAAAUGUGGUUUCUUGGACUGCCAUCAUUGGUUGUUACGAGAGGCAUGGGCGGUUUCAAGAAGCAAUUGAUUCCUUUCGAGCCUUAGUAGAUGCAGGGUUAAGGCCUGAUAGCUUCACCCUAGUGCGUGCACUCUGUGCAUGUUCACGAUUAGGUGAUGCUAAGGCUGGUGAGUGGGUUCAUCGAUGUAUCAAUGAGACCAGUAUGGGGACUAAUGUUUAUGUAAAUACAUCACUAGUUGACAUGUAUGUUAAGUGUGGGUGCAUGGAAAAGGCACGAAAGGUCUUUGAUGAGAUGCCCGAGCGCGAUAUUGUUUCGUGGAGUGCAAUUAUAGGGGGUUAUGCACAAGAUGGGCAACCUACUGAGGCUUUGAAGAUUUAUUUUGAAAUGGAGGAAGCAAAUUUGAAACCAGAUUGCUUCACUAUGGUGGGGGUGCUAUCUGCUUGUGCUAGACUAGGGGCUCUGACAUUAGGGGAGCGAGUAAAAGCUAGGAUUGAUUGGAAAGAAUUUACAGCGAACCCAGUUCUUGCGACUUCUUUGAUCGAUAUGUAUGCUAAGUGUGGUAGGAUGGCUCAAGCUUGGCUUGUAUUUACUGAGAUGGAGGAACUAGAUGUUAUUGUAUGGAAUGCGGUGAUAUCAGGGUUAGCAAUGCAUGGUCAUGGAAAACAAGUGCUAGGUCUAUUCGGUCAAAUGGAGAAGACAGUUAUAAGGCCAGAUAGUAACACCUUUGUCGCCCUCUUGUGCGCGUGCACCCAUUGUGGCCUAGUAGAUGAAGGCCUCAAGUUUUUUUAUAGUAUUAGUCAAGUUUAUGGUCUUACCCCUAAGAUAGAGCACUAUGGAUGUAUAGUGGAUCUUCUUGGUAGAGCUGGGCUCUUGAAAGAAGCCUACGAUUUGAUUCAAAACAUGCCUAUUGAGGCCAAUGCAGUUGUUUGGGGUGCUCUCUUAGGUGGUUGUAGAAUUUACGAGGACACCCAAUUGGCCGAGCUCGUGCUUAAGAGGCUAAUAGAGCUAGAGCCGCAAAAUUCAGGUAAUUAUGUGCUCUUAUCAAAUAUUUAUGCUUCGAAUAAAAAAUGGAAUGAUUCGGCAAAAUUGAGGUUAGUUAUGAGAGAUAAGGGAAUAACGAAGACUCCAGGGUGUAGUUGGAUUGAGGUAGAAAAUGUUGUCCAUGAGUUCUUGGUGGGAGAUAAAUCACACAUAAAGGGUAAUGAGAUUUAUUUGAAGCUUGAUGAAUUGCAUAAGGAAAUGAAAGAGGCAGGAUAUGUUCCAAAGACUGGAGUAGUUUUGUUUGACAUAGAAGAGGAAGAGAAGGAGCAUUGCCUUGGCCACCAUAGUGAAAAGUUAGCAAUUGCAUUUGGGCUUAUAAGUAGUGAGGAAGGUGUAAUUCGUGUGGUGAAAAACCUUAGGGUAUGUACGGACUGCCACAAUGCCAUAAAGCUGAUUUCAAAGAUCACUGGAAGGGAGAUAGUUGUUAGAGAUAACAAUAGGUUCCAUUGUUUUAAGGAGGGAAUUUGUUCUUGUAAUGACUAUUGGUGAAAAAGCUGAAUUCUGCACAUUUUUGCAGAAGCCAGAGAGAGAUCCCUACCGUUUCGUUGCUUUCAAGGUGAGUUAUGCACCUCUUUGUGAAAGCUGGAGAGAGAGAUUCAUACCUAGUGGCAUUUUGUUGUAAAAAUUGAAAGCGUAUUCUCUCUCCCCUAUACCUAUAGGGAAAGGUUUCUAUGCUUCGAUAUAUAUUUCCCCAAUAUUCAGCCAUCUAAUUUAGAUUAAGUGAGCUACUAACCGUUUGAUUUAGA